AUGAAGACUAAAAACCGGGAGCAAAGCUUGUCUGAUUCCAGAGAAUUGGAUGGAUCGUAUGACCAGCUGACUGGCCAUCCUCCAAAACCCGUUAAAAAGACUAUAAAGCAGAGAUUCCUCAAGCUGCUGCCCUGCUGCACGCCUUCCGUUGCCGCCUCAGUCAGUCAAUGCAACGUAGAGGAUGACUUUGAGUUGUCCACUGUGUGCCAUCGACCAGAGGGGCUGGACAAACUACAGGAGCAGACCAAGUUCAACAAGAAGGAACUACAAGUUCUCUACAGGGGCUUCAAGAACGAGUGUCCGAGUGGAGUGGUGAAUGAGGAGACCUUUAAAACCAUCUACUCCACAUUCUUCCCCCAGGGAGAUUCGGGUGCGUAUGCACAUUUCUUGUUUGAGGCCUUUGACACUAACAAGAAUGGAUCGGUUAGUUUCGAGGACUUUGUGUUUGGUCUGUCUAUCAUUCUGAGAGGAACGAUAAACGACCGGCUAAACUGGGCCUUCAACCUGUACGACCUGAACAAAGACGGCUGCAUCACCAAAGAGGAGAUGAUGGAUAUAAUGAAGUCUAUCUAUGAUAUGAUGGGGAAGUACACAUACCCCUUUAUGCAGGACGAGGCACCCAGAGAACACGUGGAGAGCUUUUUCCAGAAAAUGGAUCGUAAUAAUGAUGGGGUGGUCACUAUUGAUGAGUUCAUCGAGUCAUGCCAAAAGGAUGAGAACAUCAUGCAGUCCAUGCAGCUGUUCGACAAUGUCAUCUAG